ACAACACGAUGAUCCCUCCUCUGCCUCAAAACCCUACUUUCACUCUAAAACUCUCUCCGAUCAUUCUUCAUAUACCUAACACGAUAAACAAGAAAAGGAUGAGAUUUACACCGCCGCUUUUGAAAAAGAAGAAGAAGAGUAGUAGAAGUAGAAGUAUCAAAGAGAUCACCAAAGAAGUAUUCGAUGGAGUAGUGAGAAAGUCUUCUUCUUGGAUCAAGUCUGAGUUCCUUGGAAGAGGCUCUUACGGUUCGGUUUAUCUAGCAACAAGUAAGAAAGACAAAGGUAAAACGAUCAUGGCUAUAAAAUCUGCAGAGAUCUCACGAGCUUCAAGUCUCAUGGAGGAAGAAAGAAUAUUAACCGGUCUCUUAUCUCCUUUCAUUGUUCGUUGCUAUGGCCACGAGAUUGCACUUGAGGAGACUCUGUUCGGUGGAUCGAGAACGAACUACAAUUUGAUUCUCGAGUAUUGCUCCGGCAAAAGCCUUGCGGACCUGAUCGAGAAUAACAUAGGAGGAUUAUCAGAGAAAGAUGUGAAAGUUUUUGCAAGAGAUAUCCUUAACGGUCUCGACUACAUCCAUAGGGAAAAUAUUAUUCAUUGUGACAUUAAACCGGAGAAUAUCUUACUAUCCCCUGUGGAGAACCGGAUAAGACCUAAUGGGUAUGUGACAAAGAUUGGAGAUUUCGGUUUAGCAUUAGAGAAGGGUCAAGCGAGUAUGGAAAAGCAUCGGGUCAUACAAGGGGCACAACUAGAUACAUGUCUCCGGAGCUUAUACGCCACAAGAUAGUUGAUUAUGCUGUUGACAUUUGGGCUUUUGGAUGCACGGUUUUGGAAAUGUUUACGGGACAAGAAGUAUGGGGAGAACAUAGUGAUCUCGGUCCUGUAGAUUGGGACAGUCUUAUUGGUCAAAGCAGUUUCAUUCCUUAUAUACCGGAUUGGUUAUCUGAAAAAGCACAAGAAUUUCUGAGAAGUUGUUUGGUUAGGGAUCCUGGUUCCAGGUGGGGGAUUGGUGCACUCAUGAACCAUCCCUUUUGCAAUGUGGAUGUAUAAUUGUUUAAUAAUGGUUUUUUUUUAUG